AUGACUGACAAAGAAGUAGGUGUGACUGUUAUCAGCCCAAUCACUGGCUUGCCUCUGCAUAGCAACAGCAGUGAAGAGCCUUCUACCUCCUGUCCCUACCUGGCACUGAAUGCUCACAGCAUGGGUGUGGCAUCUUUACUGGCCAUGUUUAUUUCACUUGCCGCUUUUGGGAAUACGCUGGUCAUCCUGUCAGUGCUGUGGAACCGCCAGUUACAAACAGCCACCAACCUCUUCAUUGGCAACCUGGCAGUGGCGGACCUGCUCCUCAGCGUCUGCGUUUUGCCGUUCUCGGCCACGCUGGAGGUGCUUGGCUGCUGGCCGUUUGGCCGCCUGUUCUGCGACGCGUGGGCUGCGCUCGACGUCCUGUGCUGCUCGGCGUCCAUCCUGAGCCUGUGCGCCAUCGCCGUAGACCGUUACAUGGGCGUGCGCCACUCCCUGCACUACCGCUCCCUGGUGACCAGGCGGCGGGCCGGUGUAGUUCUGGUCUGUGUGUGGACGGUGUGCGUGGCCCUGUCGGUGCCGCCGUUGCUGGGCUGGAAGGAGGCCCGCCCGCCGGACGCCAAGAUCUGCACAGUCACCCAGGAACCCGGCUACGCACUCUUCUCCUCAUUGCUCUCCUUCUACCUGCCCCUGGGCGUGGUGCUGGCGGUGUACGCGCAGGUGUAUGUGGUGGCGCGCCGGACCACACACUUCCUGGAGAGGGGUGUGAAGCGGGAGGGCGGGGAGGUGGUGCUGAGGAUCCAUCGGCGUGGGGCCGUGCUGGGGGAGGACAUAUCCGGGGGGGCCAGGAGGAUGAAUGCCCGCGUGCUGCAGCGCUUCACCCGGGAGAAGAAGGCUGCAAAGACCCUGGCCAUGGUGGUGGGGGUGUUCAUCCUUUGCUGGCUGCCUUUCUUCAUUGUACUACCACUGGGUGCCAUGUUCCCCAUGUUAAAGCCGACUGAGACCAUCUUUAAGGUGGCGUUCUGGCUUGGCUACUCCAACAGCUGCAUCAACCCUUUUAUCUACCCUUGCUCCAACCAGGAGUUCCGUCGAGCUUUCAUGAAACUGCUGCGGCUGGUGGAGACAGUUCAGAGGGGCAUCCUUAUGGCUGCAGGAAAUAAUGAACACGCUGACCAGUAA